AUGGUCACAUUUCCGCCUGAAAAAGCCCCUAAGCCGGGCCUAAACAUUUACGGCUUUGCGUCGGUAAAACCUUACAAAUUGGCUAUCGCCGCUGAGGAGCUUGACGUUCCGUACAACUAUGUUCACGUGGACAUGGGCGCAGAUGAGCACCAAAGCGAAUGGUACACGUCAAUCAACCCGAAUGGCCGCGUGCCCGCGCUUGUUCAUGUCAAAGAGGAUGGUACUUCUGUGAGUGUCUUCGAAAGCGGGGCCUGCUUGCUCUACAUUGCUGCCGAGUUUGAUAAGGAGUACAAGAUCUCUUACCCCUUUGGCACGCCCGAGUAUUGGAAACAAGUGUCCUGGGCAAGCACUGUUUCGAAUCGUCCAUGCAGACACGAAGCAUCUAUUUCUCCCUUCGUAGGAGGGGAUCGCUUAACGAUUGCCGAUAUCGCAAUCUUCAUCUUCGCUUAUUCGGCAAGGUGGUGCGGCGUCAAUAUAGACGAGUUUUCCAAUGUCAAGGCGUGGUGCGACAAGCUUCUUCAGAGACCCGGCUUCCAGAGAGGGCUGGAGGUUCCUAAACCUUAUGCGUUCCAUGAUGAGGCUGUCUCCAAUUCCGACGCGCAGGAAUUCUAUAUCAGAAUGCGGAAGCUCGGUAGCCGGGCGAUAAAAGCAGCGACGGAUAAGUGGCACGGCGAUAUGGUACCUGUCCCGUCUGAUCACGCCAACUAUUGA